AUGUUUAUUAAAAAAUCCAUUUACCCUUAUUCAUUAACCCUAAAAUCUAAAAUCCGUAUUCUGUUACUCUGUCGAUCUCUCUCGAUCUCACAGAUUCACGCUCUCUUGAAUUCUGCAGCCACUUACACUUACAUCAUACUCUCUCGUUCUCACGAUCAGACUAAGCAGCCUUUCAUUAUUUCGUCCAAGCGGCCUUUCAUCGUUCCCUUCCUCAUUUGCCAAGCGACCCAAGAUGAAACUAGAUGUGUGCUUCUUCUUUUGGCUAGCCCAGGUGCGGCCUCCACCGCCUGGAACCAUGUUACAAAUUCCAGGCCCAUUCCGACCUGGAACUCCAUCCAAUCCUGGGUAUCCAUGAUGAACAUCAAGGAUGUGCAUGGGAAAUUUACAGGUCCCUUUUUCAGCGGCCAAUUUGGUAACAUAGACCCUGCUUGUUGCCAGGCAAUUCUUUCCGUACAGGAAAACUGUUGGCACUUCCUACCAACUCUCAAGGAUAGUUGCUCCCAAAGUGGGGGCGUUGCUUCUUCUGCCGUCUAGAUCUUUCCCUUGUUGAUGGGAGAUUUUGGGGCUGUGUUUUGUACUUGGCAAAUAAAGGUAGAUCGGCUCCCUAUUCAACACACAUGUUGAUGAUUUAUCUUUGCUUAAUUUUGAGAACUAGAAACAACGAAGUGUGAUUGUUGGAUUUCUUUUUCUUCUAAGCAAUUAUUUCUUCUUUUCUCUCCAUGGAACUAAUUACA